AUGGAUGAUUCUAACUCGUCAUUACCAUUUGUAUCUAAUCAAUCAGCAAAUAUUUCAAUAGUACCAAGAACAGAUAGUUCUAUUUCUUCUCCUACAUCAUCACCACCGCCACCACCGACGCCAUCAAAUUUUGAUCGAACAUCAUUAACAAAUACAAAUCAAACGCGUAAUAGUAUUCCUGGAAAACAUUGUUGGGUUUGCUUUGCUACAGAUGAAGAUGAUUUUUCUGCUUGUUGGGUUUCACCAUGUCGCUGUCGUGGAACAGCUAAAUGGGUUCAUCAAGAAUGUCUUCAACGAUGGGUUGAUGAGAAACAACAAGGAUCAAGUGGAGUGAAAGUUGCAUGCCCACAGUGCAAUACAGAAUACCUUAUUAUUUAUCCUAAACAUGGUCCACUAGUUUAUACGCUUGAUUUAAUUGAGCGCAUUUUAAAUCGUUUUUGUCCAUUUCUUGCCGGUGGUAUUCUUGUUGGAUCUGUUUAUUGGACAGCUGUCACAUAUGGUGCUGUUACAAUCAUGCAGAUUCUUGGACAUAAAGAAGGUUUAAGUGUAAUGGAGAAAGCUGAUCCACUUUUUCUUCUUAUUGGUUUACCAACAAUACCUAUAGUUUUAAUUCUUGGACGAAUGAUACGAUGGGAAGAAGCUGUAUUGAAAUUUUGGCGUAAACACUCAUCUAAGUUGCCGCUCAUGAAUUAUUUAUUUCCGAGUGAACGUACAUCAUAUUUACCUCGUGUGCCAACGGAACGCAAUGGAAAUUCGAAUCCUGCAUCUUUAACAAGACUUAUUUGUGGUGGUCUUAUACUACCAACCAUUGCCACUAUAUUUGGAAAAUUUAUGUUUCAACGUGUUCAUUCAAAUUUUCAACGAACACUUCUGGGUGGUAUUGCAUUUAUUGUUUUGAAAGGUACAGCCAAAAUUUAUUAUAAGCAAAGUCAAUAUAUUCGUGAAGCACACCGAGAAAUUCUUAACUAUGAAACAACAGCAGCAGCCAGUUCAUCACAUUAUCCGCAUCAUCUUCCGCCACCGCCACCAGCUGCUCCUCCCGUAACAACAGUUGAAGUUCAUGCAUAUGAUAAUGCGAAUGAAAUAUUUGUGGUUCCACCGCCAUCAUCAACUACGAAUGGUCAAUCACCUUUAAACUUUUAA